AUGAGUGUUUUAAUAGAAACUAAUCUUGGUGAUAUUGUAAUAGAUUUAAAUACAGAGGAAUGUCCAAUAACUUGUAAAAAUUUUUUAAAAUUAUGUAAAAUAAAAUAUUAUAAUUUUUGUUUAUUUUAUAAUGUUCAAAAAGAUUUUUUAGUUGAAUGUGGUGAUCCAAGUAAUACAGGUAAAGGUGGAGAAUCAAUUUAUGGAUUAUUAUAUGGUAAUGAAGCAAAAUAUUUUCAAGAUGAAAUUAAAAAGAGUCUUAGACAUAAUGAAAUUGGUACAGUAGCAAUGGCAAAUACAUCAAAGGAUAAGAAUGAUUCAAAAUUUUAUAUAACAUUAAAAUCAGAUUUAAAUGAAUUGAAUGAUAAACAUACAAUAUUUGGUAGAGUAGUUGAGGGUAUUGAAGUAUUGAAAAAAAUUAAUUCAACAUUUUCAGAUAGUAAUAAUAGACCACUACAAAAUAUACGUAUAUUACAUACUAUCAUAUUGGAUGACCCAUUUCCAGAUCCAAAUGGAUUAUCAGAGCAUAUACCAAAUCAGUCACCAAAAUUCAUUAAACAAUCAAAAACAGAUGAUAGAUUUGAAAUUGAUGAAGAUUUAGAUAAAGAGAAUCGUGGUAAAACAAAAGAAGAGAUUAAUGAAAUCAUUGAUGAAAAAGAUGCAAAAUCAAGAUCAGAAUUAUUGGAAAUGAUUGGUGUGUUACCAAGUGCCGAUAUUAGACCACCCGAUCAUGUAUUAUUCGUUUGUAAAUUAAAUCCAAUUACAGAAGCUGAAGAUUUAGAAUUGGUAUUCUCUCAAUGUGGUACUGUUAAAAGUUGUGAAGUUGUACGUGAUAAAGUUACAAAUGAUUCACUUUGUUAUGCUUUUGUUGAAUAUUCAACAAAGGAAGAAUGUGAAAAAGCAUAUCUUAAAUUGGAAAAUAUUUUAAUUGAUGAAAGAAGAAUCCAUGUGGAUUUUUGUCAAUCAGUUGCAAAAGUUAGAAAUAAUCAAAAUUCAUUAAAAAACUUUUUAACAAGAGGCAAAGGUGGUAGUGGAAGAUUGGAUAGAAAACAUAUAUUAAAUAAAAACUACCAACAAGAAUCAGGUACAAAGGGAUAUAAUUAUGUUGAUGAUGAUGAUAGAAAUUUUAAAAAGCAGAAAAGUAAUGAAAAAGACUCAAGAGAAAGAGAUAUGAAAUCAUCAUCAUCUUCAUCAUCAUCAGAAAGUGAUAACCGAUACAAAGAUAGAAAUCAUCAUGACAGAAAUUACAAUAGAUCAUAUGACAGAGAUAAUAGAAAUAAAGAUGAUGAAAGAGAAAGAGAUAGAGAAAGAGACAGAGAUAGAGAUAGAUACAGUGAUAGGGAUAGAGAAAGAGAUAGAGAUAGAUACAGUGAUAGAGAUAGAUACAGAGACAGAGAUAGAUACAGUGAUAGAGAUAGAUACAGUGACAGGGACAACGAAAGAAAUAGAGAAAAGGACCGAUAUAGACGUUAA